AUGGCGUCCAAGUCCUUCUACGCAAUCGUCGCCGGAGCCGGCUCCGGAACAGGCCGUGCCGCUGCCGUCCGCUUUGCGCAGACCUACCCUGUUGUGCUUCUCGCCCGCAAGCCAGAGAGCUACAACGACAUCGUGAAUGAGAUCAAGCAGUCUGGUGGCAAGGCCAUUGGUAUCACGGCCGAUGCGACGGAUGAGACCGCCAUCAAUGCCGCCUUUGAGACUAUCAAGAAGGAAUUGCCUGGUAGCAGGCUCGCCGCUGCCAUUUACAACGUCAACGCAGGCUUCGCUCGCAAGCCUUUCCUGGAGCUUACGAAGAAGGACCUUGAUACAAGUCUAGAUGCCGCUCCGAAGGGCUUUUUCUCCUUUGCCCAGAAGACGCUGCCUCUUCUCUUGGACUCAGUCGCAGACUCUCCGCACCCGCCGUCUCUCAUCAUCACCGGCGCCACGGCCUCGCUCAAGGGCUCUGCCUAUUUUGGCUCCUUUGCGGCGGGCAAGUUUGCAAUGCGCGCUCUGGGUCAGUCCCUGGCUCGAGAAUUCGGCCCCAAGGGCGUGCACGUGGCUCAUGCCAUCAUCGACGGAGGUAUCGACACGCCAUGGGGCAAGGAGUUCCAGGUCAACGACGGCGUGGAAGAUGGCAAGAUCUCACCCGAGGCCAUCGCCGACACUUACUGGUUUCUGCACACUCAGCACCGGUCCGCCUUCACGCAAGAGGUUGACAUUAGACCGUAUGUUGAGAAGUUCUAA